CAACCCCACUCACCACCAACACCACCAACCCCACUCACACCCCCACUCCCCCGCCCCGCCACCGCCGCCCCCAUGGAGCACCUGGAGGAGGACCUGCUGUGCCCCGUGUGCUUCUCGCUGUUCGAGGACCCUCGCAGCCUGCCGUGCGCCCACACGUUCUGCCGCCCGUGCCUGGAGGCCAUCUUUGAGCAGGCCGGCUUGGGCGGCGGCGCCGUGCGGGCCAAGCGCCCCGGCGCCGCGCCCCCUCGCUGCCCGGCGUGCCAGCGGCCCGUGGAGGCGGAGGAGGCGCGCCUGGUGCCGGCCAACUACGCGCUGGCCGCCGUGCUGGAGACCUUCCGCAGGGGCCGCCGGGCGGGGACGCACGAGCACCCGUGCCACGAGCACCCGUCGCAGCCCGCCAGCAUGUUCUGCUCGUGCGAGCGUCUCCUGGUGUGCGUGCGCUGCAUCGCCCCGGGCGGCCCGCACGCCGGCCACGCCUUCGACAGCCCCGAGCGUGCCGCCGUGCGCGAGUGGGCCCAGCUGGACGCGCUGGCCGAGCGCCUCGACGCCGGCGACAAGUGGGCCGACGUGCGCCGGCGGAUCAGCCUGCAGGAGCGCCGCCGCACGGAGGCGGCGGCGCUGCUGUCCCAGCAGGAGCGCGAGGUGCAGCGCCGGCUGCAGCGCCUCUCCUCCUCGCUGCGCUCCGCCUGCCUGCGCGCCACGGCCGCCCACGCCGCCCUGCGGGCCUCGGUCCACGCCGCCAUGGCCGGCGCGGCGGGGCCGGCGCGCGAGCUGCUGGCGCGCCGCGACCUCGCCCUGGCGGAGCGCCGGGACUUCGGGGCGGCGCACGCCGACCGCGACGCCGGCGCCUCGGCGCGCCUCUCGUUCCUGCGCGACGCCGGCGGGCGCCGCCGCCGCCUGGAGGCGCUGUGCGCCGCCGCGCCGCCCCGGGUGCUGGCGCUGGCGCCCGGGCGGCGGCCCCCCGCGGAGACGCGGCGCUUCCGGGCGUGGGCGGCGGCCGUCGAGCUGCUGCUGGCGCGGGCGCCGGUGGAGCCGGACGCGCGGCCGCGGGUCGUCGUGGAGGAGGAGGAGGGGCCGUACGGCGCCGGGGCCACGCUGCUCCUGCGGCUGGGCGGCGACGGCUCGGCGCUGCUGCCGUUCUGCCUGGGCGUCGGCGCGCGCCGGGCGCUGGGGGCGGCGCUGGCCGGGGCGGCGGCCGAGGCGAGGGGGGCGGCCGCCGGGUUCGGCGCCGGCGCGGUGGCCGCGCUCGAGAGGCGGUGCCGGGGAGCGCUCGGCCACGCGGAGCGGCGCUGA